UGUCUGGCUCCUCUCCUCAGUCUUUCGUAAAUAAUUUGUAAUCCGAUUCUUAACUUUUGCUCGAGCUUGACCCUCUCCCUUCCCUUCCCUCCCUCCCUCCCUCCCCUUCUACCACUCAACACUCUCUUCAUUCAGCAUGUCUCAUCACUCCGGUAUCCCCAACCCACGUCAUACCAUCAUCGGCUCCGCUUCUGGAAUUCCAACCGGCUCGGGUCGAUUGACACCUUCGGGUCGACUAACCCCAUCAUUCACGAACAACAACACCAACAACCACUCAAGGAGUUCUACCCCAGUCCUCGCACCUCGCUCCUCUACGCCUUCGGCUAUCCCUGCUAGGAACUCAGUACAACUCUCCUCCAACCUCAGCCGAUCCCACAACUCCGCAUCCGACCAUCACUCACCCAACUUCCCAUCACCUUCGAAACUCUCAUCCUCAACCAACAACUCAACAGCAUCCGCCUCAUCAUGAUCAUCAUCAGCAGCAGCAACGACAACAAACACCCACCCUCCCCUCCAACUCGACCUUCAACCCGUCCAGCUCCACGGGCCAUGCUCAUUCAAACUCAAUCGAUCAAGCCUCCAGUAGCAGCGUCCAAGUCAUCCUCAGAAUCAGACCUUCCUCCUAUGAUAUCAACGUACCCACCCGCUUCCAGCGUACGGUCAUCACUCCAAUCAACUCAACCACUAUCUCUGUCGAAGCUCCCUCUGCCGCCUCCACCAAAUCAACCCAAAAGUUCACCUUCGAUCGUGUCUUUUCACCAGAGGAAGGUCAACAGCAAGUUUGGACAUCCGUCGAAGCUCUCAUCAGUCGUUUCCUUGAAGGCUAUAACGUCACCGUCUUCGCCUAUGGCCAAACCUCCUCGGGAAAGUCCUAUACGAUGGGAACAGAUCGGUUCACUGACGAGCUCGGCUCAGAAGACUCGUCCGUUGACCCUGCCGACCAAGUCCUCAACUCGGAUCGCACCGGGAUCAUCCCACGCGCCGUUCACAGCAUCUUCAACAAGAUUCAACAGCAGACAACCAAAUCAAAUCAGAUCAACGUCAAGACCUCCUACGUUGAGAUCUAUAACGAAGAUCUAAUCGAUCUGAUCGCCUGUUCGACUGCCCCUGCUAAUACACUCCCUCAAGUGACGAUCAGGGAAGAUAAGGAUGGAAAUAUCAUCUGGUCUGGGCUCAAGGAGGUCAAGGUGACCAGGGCGAGUGAAGCACUGAGCUUACUCGAACAGGGUAGUCAAGUCCGCCAGACUAACUCCACCGAGAUGAACGCACAAUCCUCUCGUUCUCAUGCUAUCUUCAGUCUCAACCUCACCCAGAGUAAGCUCUCCGCUGCCAGCAGCACCAGCAGCUCCAACAAGCGGGCAUCCAAGAUCUUAAGUCCCACCUCUUCCAACGGGCGCGAUUUCGGUGAUGAGGGCGAAUGGUCUACGAUCUCCAGCAAGUUCCAUUUCGUCGAUCUUGCUGGGAGUGAACGUCUCAAGAGGACCGCUGCGGUUGCCGAAAGGGUCAAGGAGGGCAUCUCAAUCAACGCCGGUUUACACGCAUUGGGCAACGUCAUCUCUGCCCUCGGCGAUCCUAGCAAAUCCAAGACAGUCACUCAUAUUCCUUACCGCGACAGCAAACUCACUCGACUCUUGCAGGACAGCUUGGGUGGAAAUGCCCAGACGUUGAUGGUGGCCUGUAUAUCUCCUAGUGAACACAACCUCGGCGAGACAUUAAACACACUCAAGUAUGCCAAUCGAGCUCGAAAUAUCAAGAAUCGAGCCGAAGUCAAUGCACAAGAAGUUGGUUGGGAAGACGUAGAGUACCUUCAGUCAACCAUCAUCAAGCUGCGCAAGGAACUGGCUUGCCUCAAGAACAGUGGCUCACCUGUCGACUUUGCUAACGCAAGUCGAACGCUUUCAGCUAUCAACGAGGAAGAUUCAGCCCAAGAUGAGCUUAGUCCUAAAUACCUCGAUCUCAAGGGCUACUUUACUGAGCUUCAAGCCAAGUACGCCAAGACAUUGUCAGAUCUCGCCCAAGCUCAAAACAGCAUCAAGCUCGCCUCAAGAAACUCGAGUCAGCCCCAAGCCAUCUCACAAAGUGCAUUCGAUGACAUGAUCCAACCUAUCGUCGAAGAGUAUGAGAAGUCGAUCACCGCUCUGGAAUCACAACUAGCCUUGACUAAGGCCGCUCUCGUUCAUUCGGAACAUUCGAUGAAGGAGCUCGAGCUUCAGCUUUCAAACGAACAGGCAUUGAAUGAGAACCAAGCCAGUUAUGUAGCUGAGCUCAAGGCUCGUCUGAACCGAUUAUCUGAACGUGAAUCUGAGAACGAGUCCUACAUCAAAGAUCUGGAACUCAAGUUGAAGACACUCAGCGAUUCCGAGGAGUCAGCUAAUGGAACGGUGGUCGAAUUGAAGAAAGAAUUGGCCAAGAUCAAGGAACAUGAUGCUGAAUCCGAAGCUUAUAUCAAAGAUCUCGAAGCCAAAUUGUCAAAGAGUGAUUCCGAUGACCUCACCAAACAAAUUACCUCCCUCGAAGCCUCCUUGGCAGAUCGCGAUGAAAGAUAUGAUGCCUUGUUGUCUAAGUACGAAUCCCUCAACUCUCAACUUACCGGUACAAAUGCCGAUCUGUGGCGUCAGCAACAGCGCCUGACAGAACAAUUGUCUGAACGAGAAAGCAAAUUGCAAAAGCUUGAAGUCGCCCUUACACAACUCGAAAACGAGAAGAAUGAGAUCGAGAGCGAAAGGCAAAAACUUGAAGCCACCACUGAGGAGACCUCCCGUACCAACGAUGAACUUUCUGGACGUCUCAAAGCCCUGGAAUCAUCCAAAAAGCGUUCGCCUUCGGUGGCAACUGAUCAGGGCGAUGCCCGAAGUGUCAGAAGCACUCAUCUCUCAGCCGGACCGCACAAUUUCACACCUCCUGCCACGCCAGCUGCUACUUCAGAGCUUCCCGCUGGUUCCGUGGGCGACCAAGCGGAUCGUGACUUGAUGGCCGAGUUCCAUGAGCUCCAAGAGCGCUAUGAGACCACUGCCACUGAACUGGAUCAAGUCCGGGCGAAGUAUAAUAAUUCUGUGAAAGAGUUAGAGGACCUGACUGGUCAACUAGAGGAUUCGCGAAUCGUCCAAUCCUCUUCUUGGAUGCCGAGGCGAUCUAUCAACUCUACGACUAACCAUCUUCGUAACUCUGGAUCCAACUUCGGUUCACCUUCGCCAUCACCCAUCCUACAAUCUCCUUCCUGGACUGCUCAAAGCUCCACCCCUUUCUCCAAUCACGGUGUUCUGCCUGUCAGAGGCUUUGGGUCAACUGUUGCGACUGGAAGAUCCUCCAAGUACGCAGAAAGCAAAGGCAUACGAGCCAAAGAAAGCGAUUCACUCGAAGAACUUGCUGAUAGUGGCUCACACGAGCCAUCAGAAGUUUUCCCCAGCGAUAGUCUCAUGUCGCGCGAUCCAAGUUCCCAUCGGACGAUCACCAUCAAUACCUCUCAACGCCAAAGCCAUCGAGUUAGUUUAAAUUCCGGAUCUCUGAUGCCACAUGGGCGCUCCUUAUCUCUAUCACACGACUCUUCGGGCCUCCAAACAUCCAACCGAGGAAGCAUUAUCAGGGCUUCAUCCGAUUCACGCUCCGAGUCAACCUCGAGAUUGCCCAACCUUGGCGACCAAUCAUCGCCACAUAAUGGUGAACGGAGUUAUGAGAGCUUACAGAAGGAAGUGAUCAAGUUGCAAGAAGUAUUGAAGGAUCGGGAGGAUGAGAUUCGAGGCUUGGAAACCUCGAUUCGGGAAAUUCGUCGGCAGAGUGACUCGAUCACCUCCCCCUUAGCUUCCGCCUCGACCGAUGAGGUUGACGGCGAAACUCGCAAGCUAACACAACCGAUCCAGAAGACUGAGCCCUCCCUACAACCCCUUAAUACCGACUUGAAACAUGAUGCAACAGAUGUCUCGAAUGUCUCGCGAGAAAACUCAAUCGAUCAAGAUAGUCUGGCGCAUCCUGAUAAGGUUCUGGCUGCCAUUCAAUCACAAAUCUUACUGAAUGAUGGUGAUGAGAGCGUCGUCAAAGACUCGCAAAAUAUCAAGCUCUUGGAUAAUCUGAUGCGUUCGAUGGCUCAGAAGGAAUCGGCCCACUUGGAAUUGAUCGAAAACCUCAAGGAUAAGCUUCAAAGUACCAAGCGACAGCAUGAUGAACUCGUCAAACUGUCGAGAGACCAGGUUGUGAACAUGUCUUCAGAGAUCGAAGCCUUGCGGCAGAGGCUCUCCAAUCCUUCCACUCCUGAUCCCGAGAUGAGCAAACGACUCUCGAAAUUAGAAGAGCUUUUGAAGCUCAAGGAGCAGGAUUCAGAGAGCUUGAAGGCAGACUCCAAACGACAACUCUUAGAUCUCGAAGCCAAGUUGUUGGAAGCUAAACAAUCCGAGAUUAAAGCUUUGAAGGCUGAACACGACUCUGUGGUCGAACAACUGAAGCUGGAGCAACGGGAGAAUCUGAACCGGUUGAUCGCUUCGAGCGAAGAGAAACUGAUGGCCAAACAGGAUGAAUUGCGACAGCUCGAAGAUCGAUGGCAGAGUCAAUCUAAGGCGGAGCUGAAGGAACAAGCCGACAAGAUUCGGGCCGAGUUUGAGGAGGAACGCAAGCAGCUUAUGGAAAGCCAAAGCCGUGCUCAAGAAGAAGCCUUACAGGUUCAAUCCAGUCGGUUUGAUACGGAAACCCAUCAGUUGUUAGAGCAACAUGCUCAAGCAUUCCAAACUUUGCAAGAUGAACUCAACCAAAACACGAAGCGAGCCGAAUCAAAGUUGCAGGCCACGAUCGAAGAACUGAAAGAGUCACAUUCCAGCGAGGUAAUCCGAUUGACAACGACGCUCUCUUCGAGAGCAAAUCAGGGGAACAAUACAAUGGAAAAAUUGAUUCGUGAUCAUCAUGACGAAUUAGAUGAAUUGCGGAGCUCGAUGACCAAUCGAUUGGAAGAAGAACGUACGAAGUUGGAGGCCGAGAAGAGCGACUUAAUCUCGAAACACGCCGAGCAGAUCAAGUCCAUGGAGUCCCGUCAUGAGGACCAGAUUAACGACCUCAAGGCCGAACACGAAGAGAUCUUGGUCGCUUCCCUCACCGAAUUAGAUUUACGUCGGACCCGCAAAUUCGAGAGUAACCUCAGUGCCCUCCAGGAGAAACAUCUGGCAGAGAUCGAUGAGAUCAAGCUCGAUCAUCAGAAACAGAUCGAGGCUAUCACCACCAAUCCUGAGACCUCGGGCGGUCCGAAGAGCGGCACUCCGGAUGGGGAUUCGACGAUCACAUAUCGCUCAGAACUGGCAAAGAUCAAAAGCAGCUAUGAGGAGAAGAUCGAGAUGCUCAAACUACAGCAUCAGACUGACCUUAAUGCCCUAGAGGAGAAGUUCUUGAUGUCAAGCUUAUCUGCUGACUUGCGCGAAGAGCGACAAGCCAACCAACGUAAAAUCGACCUCCUAACUGACGAGCUAGAUUAUUUGAAAGAAGAGGUUCAGAAGCACAAAGGGGCUGAGAAUCAGGAUUCUAACAGAGAGACAGCGCAGAGCGAAGCAGAGGUGGAACUGCAGGAGGCAUUGGAUGCGCUCUCGACAUUAGACAAGGCGUUGUUAGAAUCGCAAGCGGAGCGAGAAGAGCUAUUGAAGCAACUGGAAGAGAUGAAGCGGUUCAACUCGGGUGACCAAGAGACGAUGGCCAAAGAGCUAGCGAAUCUGCAGGUUGAAUUUGAACGGGUAAAGCAGGAGCGGGAUGAGCUGGUACAGUCUAAGGAGCUCAACAUGGAGCACCAGCCAAGCGGCCGGCCGUCGAAUGACGGGUCAAUCGGACGUUCAGGUCUGGGGAUGGGCUCGGACUCACCCUCUUUACCCGGGCUGCCGACGCGGACACAUCUCUUACCGAGUGGGAAACCGCCCCCGCCGACCCCUCCACCCAACAUCCCACCGCCGCCUCCUCCCACAUCCUCUUCCUCCUCCGCAACCGGCCCUAACAAUCCCAACCUACCCGGACUCAACGGAACCACUCCCUCCUCUAACUCGACGAUUCGUAAACCCGCUCGGACUAGUAACUCCUCCAGCCAGCUCAGUCAUACUAACAACAGCUUCAGUGGAAGAGAAUCGCCCUCCACUUCUGUUGCUACUAGCUGUCUGGUCGACUCUGCUACCGUCGAUCCUAGGAUGGUUAAGAAGAUCGAGGAACAGGAGAACGCUAUCGCCAAACUCUCUAAACAGUUGUCUCAAUGCGAGAUGGAUCUUAAAGGGAAUAUUGACUUGGUAACUAAUCUUGAAUCAGCGCUAAAUGAGACGGAAAGAAACCUACGGAAGUCGCGCUUACAGAUGAAUGAGCUAGCGAAGGAGCGGGACAAGAUCUCGACGCAGAACGAGUCGUUGCGGAAGGAGCUUGCGGCGGCGACGGCCGAGGUGGAGCAUGUGCGCAACAACGUCCAGGUCGAGAAGGCCCAGUUCGAGAACCAAUUAGGCGAGGAACGGCGGGCGAAGGAGAACGCGAAGAAGCAGCUCGAGGCGCGGAUGGAAGAGAUGCAGGCUUCUAGGAUGACGAGGAAGAGUAAAUUCAAUUGCUUUUGAUCCCUUCUUGGUGCUUCUUACCACUCGCAAUCAAGCUCCCCUAUUCAUGCAUAUUUAAAGAACGAUAGAUCGCAAGUGUCACUAUAGUAUAUAGUGUUUCUUUAACUCAACAAGAUCAUCAUCAUCAUCAUUCCCCCUCCCCACCUUUUUUUUGGUCUUUUUUUUGUGGUUGGUUUGUCUUCGUGCUCUAUUCUUCGGUUUUUGGUCAACUCGGGCUUCUUUCUUCCUUAUAUACAUCAAUCUUUGUGUGUUUGUCUUUCUCUCUCUCUCUUUCUCUCUCUCUCUGUGUUAGUGUGUCUGGUUUUCAUGGUAUCAGUUUUUGUUUGUUUGUUGGUUUUUUUUUUGAUCAGGUCAUUUUUAUUAUUAUCAUUAUGUUUUUCCCAUCUUUUUCCUGUCAAGUCUUUCACCCCCCCCCCUUUUUUUUUGUUGUUGUUAACUUGAAGUACAGUUGAUAAUUUAUAAAUUACAUAGGUAAUUAGAAAGAAAAAAAGGGGUAUAUACAUCAAAAGCCAGUUUUCCUUUUUUUGUUUUGCUUGUAAUAUAUAAUGUUUCUGUUGUCUAC